AUGAACUCUCGCGUGAGAGGAAACAGUAUAUCUUUCAGUUUCGCUGCUACGAUUGUGUUUGCCCUCUGCGGUGUAGAUGGGUUUUCUCACUGGAUUGCAUCAGACGACGGGGAGAUACGGCCACAGUCUCCAUCGAUUUUCGCUCUGCGGUCCCCCGGCGAUCUGCCCCUAAUACACAAACAAGAGGAACGAUUGGAAACAGUGAGGGCCUUGCGGAAAGAGUUGCUCCAGCGAAAAGAAGAGAUCGACCGGAGCGAAGAAGAAGCAGAAAACAUAGAGGAACGUCUAUAUGCCGAAGAUACCGAUUGUCAGAUAGCGGGAACACCUCUGACUGAAAUGGAUCUCUACGUUUCCACUGUGGUGCCGUUUGAAACCAAACUCCGCCCCAGAAAAUUGACCUCCCCGAGAGAAGUUCAGGAACCUGACUGCACGCGUUACCUCAAGCUCGACUUCAGUAUGCAUGCUUUCGAGCAUCUGAUGGGAGUCCGAGAGAGACGCAACUUGUCAAUGGUCUCAGAGACCGGUCUUCAUAAAGCUUUAUCCGAAGCGGACGUCGAGGAUGUGGAGCACUUUGGUGAAGUCAUCACCGAGCUCCUCGAAACAGACUCGAAUUGGACCGCUUUCAACCUGGCCGCUCUUUAUUGGCGCGAGAGGGGAUCCGCGGCUGCAGCUGUCGAAUGCUUGCGUAGGGCCCUUCACGUCUCCCCGCACGAAGUGAAAGACGUGGCUCUGAUUUCUCUCGCGAACGUUCUGCAUCGGGGCCAUCGCUCGGACGAGGCAGCUGUCGUCGUUCACGCCGCUAUCGAUAUCGCUCCUGAUAAUCCAAUUUGUCAUUUCACUCUCGGUAAUAUUUACGCUGUUUUGGGCGAGUACAACAAGUCCGUUAUAUGCUACGACAACAUGCUGAAACUUCAACCGGAGUUCCGGUCCGCUCGGCAGCGUCUCCACGCAGUUCGCUGCCAUGCAAAAGUCGAAAACGCACUUGAACGUCAGCAUCAACAGCUGCAAAACGUAUUGGAUAAACUCAAAGAGUAUCAGCACCGUAAAGAAAUCUACGUGCAAUUGAUGGGUCAGCUCAUCGAGGAGGCCGUACCGCCUCAAAUCUGGCAGAAAGACUGUGAAUCUUCGCGGAAGGACUGGCACACCGGGGACGAGCCGCCUGGCUUUCCUUUUUUCGACAACAUGCUGGAUCUCCAGUUCAACGUUCGACCUGGGGAUAAGAUCACGCCUGCUUGUGAUGAGGACUCACCGAAAGCUAAUUUCAACAAGAUUGAGGCCGGAGAGAAGAAGAUUCUCAAGAAACUGUACAAUUGGUAG